GCCCAAUCCAUUCCUCCUAUAUAUCUUCGCUUUCUCCCGUCUUCUCUGCCACACAAGCACAACCAAUCCUCUCCGCCUCUCCUCUCCUCCCAAUCUCCGUCCUCUCCCAACCUUUUCCCCUCACCAUUUUCUCACUGAAAUACUGUCCGUCUUCCUUCAACCUUUUCACGCUCUGUUUCAGAAGCUAUGGCGCUCAAGAUUUCGCCCGCCUUCUCUUCCAUCCUGGCCUCCCGAGCGGGAGACAACAAUCUGUUUCCCUCUGUUUCCUCCACCUCCAAUUCGGUCCUGCGCUUGAAGACUGGCUCCUCGCCGUCGGCGUUGGUGUGCAGGGCUGCCAACGACAAGCCUCUGACUGGGGUUGUGUUUCAGCCCUUCGAAGAGGUGAAGAAGGAGCUCGAUCUGGUGCCUACAACUCCCAACGCCUCACUCGCUAGGCACAAGUUCGUUGAUGACUGUGAAGCGGCCAUCAACGAACAGAUCAACGUGGAGUACAAUGUCUCCUAUGUCUACCAUGCCAUGUACGCCUAUUUUGACAGAGACAAUGUUGCUCUCAAGGGUUUGGCCAAGUUCUUCAAGGAAUCAAGCGUAGAGGAAAGGGAGCAUGCUGAGAAAUUGAUGGAGUACCAGAACAAACGUGGUGGGAAAGUGAAGCUGCAAUCCAUUUUGAUGCCCCUCUCUGAGUUCGACCAUGCUGAGAAAGGCGAUGCUCUUUAUGCAAUGGAACUCGCCCUGUCUCUGGAGAAAUUAGUGAACGAGAAGCUCCUGAAUUUGCACUGCGUAGCCGAGCGGGCUAACGAUGUGCAAUUGACGGAUUUUGUUGAAGGCGAGUUCUUGGCUGAGCAGGUUGAGGCGAUCAAAAUGAUCUCUGAAUAUGUUGCCCAACUGAGGAGGAUUGGGAAGGGACAUGGUGUAUGGCACUUCGACCAGACCCUUCUCAAUUAGGGAGCAGGAGCUGCUGCAUGAUGAGCAAAGGCUAGGAUAUCUGAUCUUUUGGCAAGAGGCAGUACUUCAGAGCAAUUGCGAUUGGGGAAUUUGUUUCCUCCACCUUUGUUUUUUGUUUUGUCUUUUUUUGGAGCUUUUUUGCUAGUUGUAGAGACUGGAACGGGGUAUGGUUGUUGAACUUGGAAGAGAGGAGGUUUGUUUCUAGGUGGUGGAUGAGUUAUAUGGAAUGGUGUGCGAUUGAUCGUUUUGUGUUUGCAUUUGGCUUUGCUUUUGCUUAAGAAAAGUUCAGCCUUGAAAAAGAAACUGAUAUUUCAAGCCAGAAGCCAGUCGAAUCGGAUUUAAGUAAGAUCAAAGCUUUAAUCAUCUUUGGUAAACAAAGAUCAA